UGGUUAUCUUCAGCAGUAGAUAGUAGAUACAAUGUCUUCUCUAAUUCGUUUAAGUACUGUUUCGGAUAAAGAAAUUGUAAAGUUACUCGAGUCCAUAGAUUAUAUUAUUUUCGGUAUUGAUGGUGUUCUCCUCACACACAAAACACUGAUCCUAGGAGCAGACAAAUGCGUAGCCAAGCUACGGAAAUUGGGUAAAAAGGUCGGAUUUGUCACCAACAAUCCGGCUUCCCCCAUGCACGCCCUGUCCCACCAUUUGAGGCAUUUCGAUGCUAGCGAAGAAGAAAUAACGAUGCCGAAUGCCGCCAUGAUUUCCUAUUUGCAAAACAUUGGAUUUGACAGGGAUAUUUAUGUGGUUGGUGGAAAACUGUUGAAAAAUAUGUUGAAGAAGGCUGGAUAUAACGUUCUAGAGUAUAAGGAUAUUCAUGACAUUCCUUUAGAAGAAAGUAUGGAUGCCGUCAAACACCUGUCAGGAAAGACCUUAGAUAUUUGUAAAAAUGUAGGAGCGGUUAUAUUAUGCAAUGAUGUAAACUUUUGUUUACCCGCUGCUCAAGUAGCUAUCACUAUUUUGCAAAAUAACGACGAUGUAAUUCUGUUAAGUGGAAUGUCUGACGAUGUGGCUCCUUUAACUGACACCUUUAGAAUUAUUGGACCUAAGUUUUAUAUCGAAGGCAUUGAAAGAUGGACGAAUAGAAAAUGCAUUAAAAUUGCGAAACCUGGAACUGUGUUAAAAGAAUUGCUAAUUUCUAAACAUGAAAUUGUGGAUCCUAGUAGAGUUUUAUUUGUUGGAGAUAGCGUCCCCAUCGACAUUGCAUUUGGAACACAUUGUGGAUUUAAAACUUUAUUAGUACUAUCUGGAAUUACAGAAAAGCACGAAGUUGAGGAAUGGAGUUUUGCUGAAGAAUUUAAACCCGAUUUUAUAAUACAAGAUUUAGGAAGCCUGUUUGAAAAAAUUAAACACAUUUGAUUUAUUGAAUGCAAUAAAAAUUGGUUAUUUGAAUAUGUAUGGAUGAACACUUAUAAGGAUAUCAAAUAGAAAACAAAAUAAUUUUUUAUUUUUAGUAGAUAAUAUUUUAGACUACAUCGAGUUUUAUAUAUUUCAUCGACUGAACAUUUUUUUUUCUUUUUGUACUAUCUAGGAAUGCUUAUAUAUAUUUUUUAAAUAUUUGUACUUGAACAUUUAAACUGACUACUUUUAUAUUUGUCUAAAAUAUAUGAAUCUACAACAAU